CCUUGCGGGAUCUGCACACUUGCUGCCACUGAUCCUGACGAGGUGGUUGUCCGACGUGCCAAAUACUUGUUGACCAAUGGUUUCAGGUGCUACAGCCUGUUCAAGAACAACUGCGAAGACUUUGCUAUAUACUGCAAGACUGGUCUGCUUGUGGCUGAGCAAGGCAACGUCGGGCUCGGGCAGAGUGGGCAGGCUGUGUCCAUCAUCGGCGGCCCUCUUGCUGCUGUGGUUUCGACCCCUUUCCGCCUAGUAACCACGAACAUCUAUGGAGUGGCGGUGAUGGCUGUCGGGGUGUACUGUGUCAGCAGGUAUGCAGGUGACAUUGGCAACCGCCGAGACGUGCUGAAAGUGGAAGUGGAGGACCUGACUGCCGGGCUCGCAAGCGGCCGGAUUCGUCCGGCGAACAUCAGUCAGCUGGCCACUCCAGGGCAAGUCCAGGUUCCGGCCGUGACCACACUAGUUGCUGCUUAGAAUGCGGCACUGAUGUUGUAAAAUAUGGAGAUGUAUACAUCACCAUCACUACUGCUAUAUGUACCACCGAAAUCGUUGUUCAAACCUGCUAAAACUGUGCCAGGAGUGAAAUUCCCAUUCAGCAAGAGCUGUGUGUCAGAGUGUUGUAUCCGCUACGGUCGUGUAUGGUUUCUCAUUAGUAUUGUAUAAAGAAGGUUGAACAUUGGUGUGUAGUUUUCUCGAAUUUGUAUCAAGAUUUCCGCUCCUGUCUA